GUCAAUAUUAACGUCCAAUCUAUUGUUGCAUUGUUGCCUCAGGAAUGGUUUGAUGCUGUCUGGACGGCAUUUAAUUAGAUUGUAUUAAUAUUUGGAUACUGUCAAAUGCAACUUUGUUAAUUGUCAUGAGACCGUAUAGGAACCUGAAUUAAAUUUAUUCUGCUUCUUCAGUUCUGGCAUUAUGUUUCCUAACUAUUUGUUGCAUUCUUUGAUUUCAGAUUCUCUCUCAGAAGAACCCUCCUUCCUUCAUCAGUUUUGGGCAGCAUCGAGAUUCUGGGAAUGCUUGUUGUUUAAUGGAACUGUAUGUAACAUUACAAAUAUCAGCUCUUAAAGUGUAAGAGACAACAGUGAAUUAUUGUACUCUUUAAAACUUUAAAAAUUACAACAGCAGUGAAAUCUGGUUGUAGUCCUUCAAGAUAUUUUACUUAAUUUAUAACAGAUUUAUUGGAUAAUCAUUUGUAAACAAUUUUGUGUUAAGAGCUGUAAAUUCAACACAUUGUCAUUACAGAAGAAGACAGGACAAAAGGGUAAAAUGAAUCCAGAACAUUCUUUAGAAUUACCUUUGAAAGGUGAAACUGAAGAUGCAUUACCAUGCCCUUCCAUAAAUCAAGAAAACAGCAACAUGGCUGCCUUUAGUGAAACCAGUAAUGGUGACUAUUUGUCGAUCGAUCCAUUCAUGGACAUCAAAAUAGAGCCAGAGGUAUUCUGUGAGGCUAAUGAAGAUGGUGAUGAAUAUUCAUAUGAAAUGAAUUCUGUAAUGAAUGAAAAAGAUCCACCAACUUGUAAAAAGGAAGUAAAACAAGAAAGAAGGAUUAGUCACAGUGGAGAGAAGCCUUUCAGAUCCACUGACUGUGAUAAACCAUUUUACAAUAAAAUUAAUCUUACAAGUCAUAUCACAAAUGUUACCAAAGAGAACACAUUCAUAUGCAGUGACUAUGGGGAAGCAUUUUCCAUGAAACUUAAUCUUAUAAUUCAUAAGAGAAUCCACACUGGAGAGCCUCACAUAUGCAAGGAAUGUGGGAAAGCAUUUUCCAAGAAAAAAAAUCUUACACAUCAUAUGAGAAUUCAUACUGGAGAAAAGCCAUUCAUAUGCAAGGAAUGUGGGAAAGCAUUUUCCACUAAACCAGGACGUAGAGUUCAUAUGAAAAUACAUGCUGGGGAAAAGUCAUUUAUGUGCAAGGAAUGUGGAAAAGCAUUUUCCCACAAAUCAAAUCUUAGAGCUCAUAUGAGAAUCCAUACUGGAGAAAAGUCAUUCAUGUGCAAGGACUGUGGAAAAGCAUUUACCCAGAAAUCAAAUCUUACAUCUCAUAUGAGAAUCCAUACUGGAGAAAAGUCAUUCAUGUGUAAGGAAUGUGGGAAAGCAUUUUCCAGGAAAUCACAUCUUACAGGUCAUAUGAGAAUCCAUACGGGAGAAAAGUCAUUCAUGUGUAAGGAAUGUGGGAAAGCAUUUUCCAGUAAACCUCAUCUUACAGCUCAUUUCAGACAACAUACUGGAGAAAAGCCAUUUAUGUGCAGGGAAUGUGGGAAAGCAUUUUCCCUUAAAUCACAUCUUACAAUUCAUAUGAGAAUCCAUACUGGAGAAAAGCCAUUUACAUGUGAAGAAUGUGGGAAAGCAUUUUCCAGUAAACAAGAACUUAGAGUUCAUUUGAGAAAACAUACUGGAGAAAAGCCAUACAUGUGCAAGGAAUGUGGGAAAGCAUUUUCCCGUAAAUCAGUACUUACACUUCAUAUGAGAAUCCAUACUGGAGAAAGGCCAUUCAAGUGCAAGGAAUGCGGGAAAGCAUUGUCCAAUAAACCAAGUCUUAUUGUUCAUUUGAGAAAACAUACUGGAGAAAAGCCAUACAUGUGCAAGGAGUGUGGCAAAGCAUAUUCCACUAAACCAGGACUUACAGUUCAUAUGAGAUCCCAUACUGGGGAAAAGACAUUUAUAUGCAGUGACUGUGGGGAAGCAUUUUCCAUGAAACUUAAUCUUAUAAUUCAUAGGAGAAUCCAUGCUGGAGGGCCUCGCAUAUGCAAGGAAUGUGGGAAAGCAUUUUCCAAGAAAAAAAAUCUUACACUUCAUAUGAGAAUUCAUACUGGAGAAAAGCCAUUCAUAUGCAAGGAAUGUGGGGAAGCAUUUUCCAAGAAAAAAGAUCUUACACUUCAUAUGAGAAUUCAUACUGGAGAAAAGCCAUUCAUAUGCAAGGAAUGUGAGAAAGCAUUUUCCAAGAAAAAAAAUCUUACACUUCAUAUGAGAAUUCAUACUGGAGAAAAGCCAUUCAUAUGCAAGGAAUGUGGGAAAGCAUUUUCCAGGAAAAAAGAUCUUACACUUCAUAUGAGAAUUCAUACUGGAGAAAAGCCAUUCAUAUGCAAGGAAUGUGGGGAAGCAUUUUCCACUAAACUAGGACGUAGAGUUCAUAUGAAAAUACAUACUGGGGAAAAGGCAUUUAUUUGCAAGGAAUGUGGAAAAGCAUUUUCCCACACAUCAAAUCUUACAGCUCAUAUGAGAAUCCAUACCGGAGAAAAGUCAUUCAUGUGUAAGGAAUGUGGAAAAGCAUUUACCCAGAAAUCAAACCUUACAUCUCAUAUGAGAAUCCAUACUGGAGAAAAGUCAUUCAUGUGUAAGGAAUGUGGGAAAGCAUUUUCCAGGAAAACAGGACUUACACUUCAUAUGAGAAUCCAUACUGGAGAAAAGUCAUUCAUGUGUAAGGAAUGUGGGAAAGCAUUUUCCUGUAAACCUCAUCUUACAUCUCAUUUCAGACAACAUACUGGAGAAAAGCCAUUUAUGUGCAGGGAACUGUGGGAAAGCAUUUUCCCUUAAAUCAGGA